AUGACCACUUACGAAGAGAUCAAAGAGACCGCCGACGAACGUUGGCAGACCCUAACCAGUGGGCCAGACCCUUGGAUAAGGGUCGGCACUGCCAUUUGCGGACACUCGGCCGGCGCUUUUGACGUCAUAGACGCCCUUAGAGUCGAGUUGGAGCGUCGCGAGAUCACGGCGAACAUAGAUGAGGUCGGAUGUCUCGGCCUUUGCUACGCGGAACCACUGAUCGACAUCCUGCGACCCGACUCCGGGUCUCGACUCUUCUUUGGCAACGUCACGCCCGACGAUGUCGGCUCGAUCGUGGAGGCCUACCUGGUACAGGGAACGAUACCGAAUGAAAAAGUGCUCGGCUAUCUGGGCGAAGAGCCCCUCCAGGGAGUGCCAGAGCUAAAUGAAAUCCCCGGCAUUGGCCGUCAGCAAAGGAUAGCGCUGCGAAACGCCGGUAACAUCGCGCCCGGCGACAUAUACCAGUAUGUCGCCAACGGCGGCUACGCAGGCGUCCACAAGGCGAUCACUCAGAUGGAGCCUGACGACGUCAUCAAGGAGAUGACGGACUCGGGGCUGAGAGGUCGGGGUGGAGCCGCGUUCCCGACAGGCAUCAAGUGGAGCUUCAUGGUGAGGUCGCCCGGACCUCCCAAGUACAUGCUCUGUAACUGCGAAGAAGGUGAUCCCGGCGCGUAUAACGACAAGGGUAUUCUCGAGAGCGACCCUCACACACUGCUCGAAGGGCUGAUGAUCGGCGGGUACGCGACGCGGGCCACAAACGGCAUCGUCUUCAUUCGCCACGGGCACGACGGCCCAAUUGACCGCACCGAAGAGGCCAUCAAGCAAGCAUACGAAGCCGGCAUUCUGGGCAAGAACAUCCUCGGUACCGACUUCAGCUUCGAUAUCGAAGUCGCUCUCACGGGUGAAUCCUACGUCGCAGGUGAAGAGACUGCACUCAUGGAGGCCAUAGAGGCAAUAAUCUGCCUGACCGGAAACGUCGAGUACCCCGGUCUGUACGAGGUUCCGAUGGGCCUGACCCUCGGAGAAAUAAUCAACGACAUCGGAGGCGGCGUGCCAGAGGGCAAGCAGCUAAAGCUACUCCAGACCGGAGGGCCACUCGGAGGUGUCCUCGGCUCGGACAGCAUGUCGGUACACCUGGAUUUCGACGAGAUGCGGGACGCGGGGGGCCCAUUCUCGGAUCAGGCGGUAUCAUCGUCGGCGACGAGGACGUGUGCGCCGUGGAUCUCACGCGCAUAUUGGCUUGGAAUGGAGCACCUUCUUGAGAUUACAGAGCGAAUCGCCCGCUGUGAGAGCCGUCCAGGCGACCUGGACCUUAUGAGAGUCGAACUAUGCGGACCAGCAGACAUCUGUCUCCGCCACGUCUCCGUCAACGACCGGUGCGUCACCUGUCCCAAGAACGAGCGCUGUGAGCUCAAGGACACGGUGCGGUACCUGGAAAUGGAGAUGGAUACUCCGCUUACCUACAACAAUCGCCAUCUGCCGCUCGCCACGAAGGAUCCCUACUGGGACAUGGACAUGAAUCUGUGCAUCGUCUGCGCGCGCUGUGUGCGCGUGUGUGACGAGGUCCGUGGCGACUCUGCGCUGACCCUGGAGAUGCGCUCCGGAAGGAGCCUCAUCGGAACAUCGCAGGGCACCAGUCUACUGGAGUCGGGCUGCGAGUUCUGCGGGGCUUGCAUCGAUGUCUGCCCAACAGGCGCUCUUGUCGAGCGCGACUACAAGUGGGACAAGGCGGUCGAGACCGUCAACACCAUCUGCCCUCACUGCCCUGUGGGCUGCGAGAUGACCCUGGAGAUCAACAAGCGCGAUCGAAUGAUCCGCGCAAUACCCGACCGCCAAGCGGCGGCCAACCGGGGACAGGCCUGCUUCAAAGGUAAGUUUGGGCUCGAAUUUGUGAACCGAAGAGACCGGAUCCGGACUCCCCUCGUCCGCAGGGACGGGCAGCUUCAGGAGGCCACAUGGCCAGAGGCCCUCGAUCUUGUCGCAGAGAGACUUACGGAGUACAGGAACGGUCAAUAUGCCAUCGUGGUCUCGCCUCGUGCGACGAACGAGGACGCAUAUAUCGCCCAGAAGUUUGCGCGAGCGAUCAUGGGCACAAACAAUGUCGACAUGGCUUCCAACACCCGUCCUGGGAUGGUGAACCCCCUGGUCGACCAGUUGGGAUACGGUGCAGCCACAAACUCGAUAUGGGAGCUGGAGUCCUCCAAGCGAUUCCUGGUCGUAUCUUCCAAUAUGACCGAAGAACAAAACGUCGUGGCGAUUCCGAUCAAGAAAGCUGUGCUUCAUGGAAGCGCGACGCUCGUAGUGAUAGACCAGCGCGAAACUGAGUUGGCGCGCCAUGCCAAAGUCUGGCUACGGCCCAAACCCGGCAGCGAGACUGCCUUGAUUGGCGGAAUUAUCAGGGCCAUCUGGGACCAAUCGCUCGAUGACCAUGAGUUCCUGUCCGAAUACGUAGACGACGUUCAGACGUUCAGGAACUCCGUCAUCCAGGAGUUCGACCUUACGCGCGUCGAGCGUUUAACCGGUGUUCCCCAGGACGACAUUAGGGCGGCGGCAACAACAUUCGCAGAAGAGAAACCCGGUGCAAUUCUCUACGGACUGGAGACCCUUCCCAAAGGCACGCGGGAAGCGUGCUCGAGGGCCCUAGUCAACCUUGCUCUAGUAACAGGCAACAUAGGAAGGGAAUCCUCCGGGAUUUACCCACUGCGUACCGGCGCGAACGACCAGGGAGCCCAGGAUGUGGGCUGCGCCCCGAACCUCCUCCCCGGACAGCGUCCAAUUGAGCGCGAGCAGAGCCGCCAGAGGUUCUCCCGCGCGUGGUCAGCCAGUAUCCCAGAGACUACUGGCGUAGGGGUGCGUGAAGUCCCUCAAGCUGUGGAGUCAGGCCUGGUCAAAGCUGUCCAUGUAGUUGGCGAGAGCCCAACGUACUCUAACGGCGAUCUUUCCGGCUUCAUGGAAGCGCUAGAUCAGGCAGAGUUCGUGGUUGCCCAUGCCACGUUCAACAGCCACAUCACAGAACACGCCGACGUCGUACUUCCGUCUCUCACGUUUGCAGAGCGUCUGGGCACCUACACCAACCUCGAACGCCGGGUGCAGCUGCUGAGACCCGCGCUCCGUCCCAAGGGAGACGGCGAUGCCGACUGGCGGAUCUUGGCUCAGAUCGCCCGACGAAUGGACGGUGCAGGAUUUGACUACGCCCAGGAAGAGCAGAUCUUCGACGAACUGAACAAUCUCGUUAGCAUCUACGGCGGCAUCACGUACGGAAGACUCGAAAGCGGAGGGCUCCAAUGGCCGUGUCUGGCAGCCGACAUGGCCGAUACUCCCAUUCUGUACGAAGACACCUUGGAAUCAAACAAGCCAAAGCUGGCGGCCAUGUCUCUGGAAGUCGGUGAUACGCACGCAGACGACGAGUAUCCUCUCCUACUGGCCCACGGGCGCGUCCUGCACCAGCCAGAAGAGGAACUGGAAAUCAUCCAGAUCAACGGCAAGAACGCGAUUCGGCGUGACGAGACCAUUCAGCUUCAUCCCGAAGACGCCGCGGAACUCGGCAUCAAGGCCGGCGAGUGGGUCGAGGCCGUAUCCGCUCGCGGUCGAGCAGCCGGAAUCGCGGAUCUAACCGGACCGCAGAGCGGCCUUGUAUCGAUCACCACUCUGUUCGGCGAGCUCGCCUCCGAUUUGGCGGCGAGCGAAGAACCCGACCCCAUGCUGAACGCACCGACACUGCCACUAAUUCCGGUCCGGGUGGCCCAUCUGGCCGUCCAGGCCGCAGCAGACUAA